AUGGACCAUCAAUCGUCAAGUAGUGAAGAGAAUAUGAUGUCCGUUUCAGACCUGGAUGAUAACGACAAGGAUAAGACAAUGAAGGUAAUAGGCAAUGCAAAUUCAGACCUUCAAGCAAGGGGUGAAAAUAAGAGAAAAAGAAAGAGGAAGAGAGUUUUAUUUUACUACAGGAAAAGUAAGAGACCCACAAUGAACCAGCCAAUUGAGGACAAUGCGGAUGAGAUAGAGUACGAGGAUGAGGACAACGAAGAAGAUGAUGAAAAUGAAGUUGAAGAUGAAGAUGAAAAUGGAGAAGAUAGAGGAGAAGAAGAUUAUGAUGAGGAAGAAGAUGAGGAAGAUGAAGAAGGUGAAGGAGAAGAAGAAGAGGAAGGAGAAGAAGGUGACAACAGUGAUGAUGAAGAUGCUAAGAUAAUGAAUGUAAUGGGCAAUGCAAAUUCAGACCUUCCAGCAUGUGGUGAAAAUAAGAGAAAAAGAAAGAGGAAUAUGUUUGUAUUUUACUCCAGGAAAGGUAAGAGACCCAAAAUAAACCAGCCAAGUGAGGACAGUGAGGAUGAAGUAGAGUUCGAGGAUGUGGACAACGAAGAAGAUAAUGAAGAAAGGGAAGGAGAAGGACAUGGAGAAGAAGGAGAAGAAGAAGGAGAAGAUUAUGAUGAAGAAGGAGAAGAAGAUGGAGAAGGGGAUGAUUAUGUUGAGGAAGAAGAUGAUGAAAAUGAAGUUAAAGAUGAAGAUGAAGAUGAUGAUGGUGAAGAUAGAGUAAAAGUAGAUUAUGAUGAGGAAGAAGAUGAGGAAUAUGAAGAAUGUGAAGGAGAAGAAGAAGGGAAAGUAGAAGAAAGAGAAGAUGAUGAUGAAGCUGAUGAAGAAGAAGAAGUAGAAGGAGAUGAUGAUGAUGAAGAUGCUGAAGAAGAAGAAAGAGAUGGAGGAGAAGGAGAUGAUGAUGACGAUGAUGAUGAAGAUGAUGAAGUAGAAGACAGAGAAGGGGAAGGAGAAGGAGAAGGAGAAGGAGAAGGAGAAGGAGAAGGAGAAUGAGAAGGAGAAGGAGAAGGAGAAGGGGAAGUAGAAGAAGAAGGAGAAGGAGAAGAGAAGGGAGAAGGAGAAGGAGAAGGAGAAGGAGAAGGAGAAGGAGAAGGAGAAGGAGUAGAAGGAGAAGGAGAAGGAGAAGGAGAAGGAGAAGGAGAAGGAGAAGGAGAAGACAAGGAAGAGAAAGAAGAAGAAGAAGAAGAAGAAGAAGAAGAAGAAGAAGAAGAAGAAGAAGGAGAAGGAGAAGGAGAAGGAGAAGGAGAAGGAGAAGGAGAAGGAGAAGGAGAAGGAGAAGGAGAAGGAGAAGGAGAAGGAGAAGGAGAAGGAGAAGGAGAAGGAGAAGGAGAAGGAGAAGGAGAAGGAGAAGGAGAAGGAGAAGGAGAAGGAGAAGGAGAAGGAGAAGGAGAAGGAGAAGGAGAAGGAGAAGGAGAAGGAGAAGGAGAAGGAGAAGGAGAAGGAGAAGGAGAAGGAGAAGGAGAAGGAGAAGGAGAAGGAGAAGGAGAAGGAGGAGAAGGCGAAGAAGAAGGAGAAGGAGAAGGAGAAGGAGAAGGAGAAGGAGAAGGAGGAGAAGGCGAAGAAGAAGGAGAAGAAGAAGAAGAAGAAGAAGAAGAAGAAGAAGAAGAAGAAGAAGAAGAAGAAGAAGAAGAAGAAGAA